CUCCAACCGCAGGAUAUCCAAUCAAUACAUGCUUUGUUGAAAGCUCAGUUCGAAAGCGCAAGAGCGAAUUGCUACCACCAAGGAGACUUUGCUAAGGCACAUUUGUUCUUCCGACUGGCCAAAGCAACUGCCUCGAUUUCUCCCGAACAAAUAUCACUGAUACUUCAAACCAUCGUAACUGGAUACCGCCACUCCAUCGAUGUGUGUCGUCUCAAGAUUCAAACGGGAGAAGCUCGAAUUGAGAAACUGAACGACACAAUUGACUUACAACAGGCUGAGAUACGUUCGAUUUCAUACAUCAAUGAUCGAUUACGGGAGAAGAUGUGGUACACUGCAGAUAUCCAGCGCGCAGGUCACUACGAGGAGUUGCGUAAGGUGGUCACGGCACUGCGUGUCAUGGCGUCGUCGACUCGCCCGAAGAUGGACAAGAAGAAACCUCUUCUCAGACAUCGAAGUGCAUCAAAAUCUUUGAACCACAACAUACAGCUGAAGACGGAAGCGGCAACACUCGAGCUUUUGUCUGCGCCUGUAGCGAAGGGAGGCACGAACAAGCUUAGCGACGUUCAGAUCGACAUGACUCUUAGUUGGAUGGAGGCGCGUGGUGUGGAGAGGGUUUGCAGAGCCGAAGAACGAAUCCAUCGCUUCUGUUCCGAGCUUACCAGAUGUCUAGACCAUUUCGUGGGCCAAAGCGUGGUCGACAACCCGAUACUUUGGUCGAGUCAGCUGUUUCAAACCCAGAAAGCAUUGUCUGGUCAAGCUAACAGCAGGAUUGGAACACCAAACUCUGAUCUCAGCGCGUUGGCACAACUUCGAUCAAUGUACGACCACAAAGUGUCAGGACCAUACGAGGCUCACGCGUGGUCGCAAUGGGGUCGAUCUAUUACUCCAUCUCGAACUGCCAUACAUCCCAGCUUCGCAGUGAGAAGCAUAAGUCCAAAGUCAAUUCAGCAUGACUAUUUUGCAUGUCGGAGUCCCACACUCACCCACAACUCAUCUGGUACGCUGUGGUCGACGUUCAGUGCCGGACCACAAUCACCGUCCAGCGCUACAAGCUUUCCUUCAAGAGCAUUGUCCCCAAUGUCGACCGGACGACCGAUGUCUCGCCACUCUUACUUGCAGCAGAGUCAAGCUUCUUUCCUGGACGAGUUGAAGCAGAAUUUGACAAGCUUGUUACUGAGUGACUUCCAUGACCUCUUUCGAUCGGGUAGUGAAACAGACAAGGCUAUGCGUAAGAUGCUCAAGCUUCGCGUACCAGCUGAAGCCAGGCUGCCAGAGUCUAUGGGGUACGAGCAUGAUGUGGCUCAGCCGUCUUUCGAUUUCAAUCACGUAUUUCGGAUGCUCUUGAGACGCUUCGAGCUACAGUCGAGUCCCUACGUCAAACUUGAUAUUCUUCUCGAGCUCCAAUCCAUGCUCAAAGCGCAUUGGGCGGACAGUGCAUUAGAAGAUCAUCCCUCAACCCCACAGCCCGACACUGGCCUAUUCACUCAUCGUGGACUGGGCCUCAGAACCGACACCACAGGUGCCCCACGAACCUCCCGAGGUCAUGACAGUACCAUAGCGAGCUUCCGCCAGCUGUUCCAAAACGUGCAAUCACGACCAAAGACUCUGUUUCGGGAUUUGCAAUACAUAGCCUCACUGGUGCCUCUCCAUGUGCUUGACAGCACGCCUCGAGGCCGCGCUUUCUGGAACGCCACCAUUGCCGCCCUUGAUCUCAAGGAAGAAAACAACACAGCCAUGAUCGAGACCGCCGACCGGAUCAUCCAACACCACACCUUCACCAGAGGCCAUUCACAUCUAACCUCGGCUCUGCAAGCCAAACGCGACGCCGCUGCCUUCUCCCCUCCCACACCCCAACCCUCCGACCCCUCGAUCGCAGACCUGGGUAUGUCUGAUGCGGCAACUCUCCUUCAACUCACCGCCAAAGAAGGCAUUCCCGCUGCCCAACGCGAACUUGCCACUCUGUACCUGACUCAUCCUGAAUUACUGGGGAUCUGCAUAGCUCCGUUUUCAAAAACCAAAGAUGUGUUUGAAGAUGUGGAAAAAGAUGCAGAGGGGUCCAGUGAGAGGUACGAUCCAGUGGCCAUGGCUGUUGCACAGCAUUGGAUGGAAUUGAGUGCUAAAGGUGGGGAUGGACCUGCGGCGAGGUAUUUAAAGGACAAGUAUGAGUGGAAUAAGAUUCCUUGA